GCCGGCGGUGGGCGGGUCCGACGUGAGGUGCGCGGUGCCAUUGGGGUAGGCUGUGUCGGGCUGCUCUAGUCUCGUGUUUUGGUGAUGCGGUCGGGCGAGAUGUGGAGGCUCCUGUCGAGGUUUAAUUCAUUCAGAAGGACUCAUGUCAUACUGCAACACUUGACUGGAUUUUUGUGUCAUCCCCAAAUUCAUAUGUUGUAAUCUAAUCCUCAGUGUGAUGGUAUUUGGAGGUCAGGCCUGUGGGAGAUAAUUAGGUCAGGAGAGUGGAGCUCUCUUGAAUGUUAUCAGAGUUCUUAGGAAAGAGACCCUGGAGAACUCCCUCACCUCCUCUACCUUGUGAGGAAUGACACAGUGAGAAGAAAGCCAUCCAUGAAUGAGGAAAUGGAACCACACCAGACACUGAAUCUGUGGGUGCCUUGAUUUGGACUUCCCAGCCUCCAGAAAUAGAAUGUCAAAGCACACAGAUGCAGCAGAAGUACUAUUGGAAAGAAAAGGUUGUGCAGGAGUGAUAACACUAAACAGACCAAAGUUACUAAAUACACUGACUGUCGGUAUGAUUCGGCAGAUUUAUACACAGCUAAAGAAGUGGGAACAAGAUCCUGAAACUUUCCUGAUCAUUAUAAAGGGAGCUGGAGGGAAGGCUUUCUGUGCUGGGGGUGAUAUCAGAGCAAUUUCAGAAGUUGGAAAUAAAAACCAGAAGAUACUUCAAUAUUUCUUCAGAGAAGAAUAUAUGCUGAACAAUUAUAUUGCUUCUUACCGGAAGCCGUAUGUUGCACUUAUUCAUGGAAUUACAAUGGGUGGGGGAGUUGGUGUCUCAGUUCAUGGGCAGUUCCGAGUGGCUACUGAAAAGUCUCUUUUUGCAAUGCCAGAAACAGCAAUAGGACUAUUUCCUGAUGUGGGUGGAGGUUAUUUCUUGCCACGACUUCAAGGAAAACUUGGUUACUUCCUUGGAUUAACAGGAUUCAGGCUAAAAGGAAGAGAUGUGUACACAGCAGGCAUUGCCACGCACUUUGUAGAUUCUGAAAAGUUGGACACGUUAGAAGAAGAUUUAUCAGCCCUGAAGGCUCCUUCAAGUGAAAAUGUUGCAGAUGUCUUAGAAACUUACCAUACAAAGUCCAAGAUUGAUCGAGACAAGUCCUUUAUACUUGAGGAACACAUGGACAAAAUAAACAGUUGUUUCUCGGCCAAUACUGUGGAACAGAUUAUUGAAAAUUUACGGCAAGAUGGUUCAUCUUUUGCCCUAGAGCAGUUGAAGGUAAUUAAUAAAAUGUCUCCAACAUCAUUAAAGAUCACACUAAGACAACUCAUGGAGGGCUCCUCAAAGACCUUGCAAGAGGUAUUAACUAUGGAAUAUCGGCUGAGCCAAUCUUGUAUGAGAGGCCAUGACUUUUAUGAAGGCGUUAGGGCACUUUUAAUAGAUAAAGACCAGAGUCCAAAGUGGAAACCAGCUGAUUUAAAAGAAGUUACUGAUGAAGAUUUGAAUAAUCACUUUAAAUCUCUGGGACACGAUGAUUUGAAAUUUUGAGGUGACUGGAUUUUUAAGGUAUUAUUUUGGAGCAGAGAUUGGGAAACUAUGGCACGUGGCCAAAUCCAGCCUGCUGCCUCUUUUUAUAUGUCCCACAAGCUGAGAAUGGUUUCUGCAUUUUUAAAUGGUUAGAGAAAGAAAUUAAAGACUAAUAUUUCAUGAUACGUGAAAAUUACAUGAAAUUCAGAUAUCAGUGUUCAUAUAUAAAGCUUUAUUGGAAUAUAGCUGUACUCAUCUAUUUACAUAUUAUCUAUGGCUGCUUUAAGUAGUUGCAACAGGAUUGUAAGGCCUGCAAAGCCUUACAUAUUUACUAUCUGGACUUUUUCAGAAAAAGUUGCCAACCCGUUUUAAAAGAUGGGAAAAUUUGAAGGUCUUUAGAGAUUCUUGAGUUAGUAGUCAUGUUCCACAUAAGGGCAUUUCAGUCACUGAUGGACUGCGUAUAAGAUGGCUGUCCUGGGGGCCAGCCCCAUGGCCGAGUGGUUAAGUUUGCACACUCCGCUUCGGCGGCCCAGGGUUUUGCCGGUUUGAAUCCUGGGCGCGGACAUGGCACCGCUUGUCAGGCCACGCUGAGGGGGUG